GCCUAAAGAACUUAGAUGUUUAGAUGGUAUGUGCUGUUGAGAUCAUCAAGCCUUAUAGUUAAUGGAUACAGAAUAACAACUUUAAAAAAGAAGACAGCAACAUUUAAAAAAAAACAGAGCUCUACUCUAGUUCUGGAAGGACACUCUGUAGUAUACACAGGCACAAAGGACUCUGUUGUAGCCACAGGGAAGAUCUCAGCUGACCGAAGAAGGUGUCUCAUUCAGCAUCAAAAGGUGGAUAAGUAUCUUCCUCAAAAAUGUCAAAACAGCCAGCUUCAAAUGUCAGGAGCAUUCAGGCUAAUAUCAACAUCCCAAUGGGAGCACUUUUACCUGGAGCUGGACAACCACCUAAAAGAAAAGAAUUCACUGAACCUGAUGAGAGUCUCCCAUCUCCAUCAGAAGCGGAAAAAAAAGAAGACUCUCCCAGGUGCCAAGAAACUACCAGGCCCUGCUGUUAACCUAUCAGAGAUCCAGAAUGUAAAGAGUGAACUGAAAUUUGUCCCAAGAGCUGAACAGUAGCAUAAAUUCAAGGUCUGUCAAGAUAUGAAUGAAGCACCUAAAUGGACUGUAAUCAAGGCCACCAAAAUAAUUUAUAUAUUUACAUAAUUAUGUACCUCCUAAGUACAAGAUACUUCAUAAAGACAUCUUUGCACACUACAUCAACCUUUUUGCUAUCUGUUUUGCUGAAUGUAAAAUGUGUUGAUGAUACUACAGAUCAAAAGUAUAUUUGUACAUAUCCAGGAAGUGAAUUUGAUCAUAAUAAAGAGAAAUAAAUGUAGCAUAAUUUUAAACAUAGAAAUAAAAUAAAUCUUU